GGAAGGGAACGAAAAGUCAGGGACCGAUGAUGCCGUCUUCCACCAUGCAAAUGUUUGCAUUCAUUCUGGCGGUACUGGGAGUCGUGAGUGCCACGGUGGCCACACUGCUACCCAACUGGAAGGUGAGUGCAGAUGUGGGCUCCAAUAUCAUGACUGCCAUCUCACAGAUGCAGGGACUGUGGAUGGACUGCACCUGGUACAGCACCGGAGUCUUCAGCUGCUCGCUUAAGUACUCGGUGCUGGCGUUGCCGGCUUAUCUCCAGACUGCACGCACCACUAUGGUGCUUUCCUGCAUGAUGGCGACAAUGGGACUCUGCCUGGCCGCCCUAGGGCUGAAAUGUACUCGCUGGGGUGGCAGCUAUCGCUCUAAGGGACAUACGGCGAUUUCCGCAGGGGCUUGCUUCGUCAUAGCAGGGGUCCUGUGUCUGGUGCCUGCAUCCUGGUUCACCAAUGAGGUCAUCACUACGUUUAUGGACUCCAAAGUGCCUAAAAGCAGCAAGUACGAGCCAGGCGCAGCGGUGUACGUGGCAUUUGUGUCGGCAGGAUUCCUUUUAGCCGCAGGCGUAAUCUUUUGA